AUGUCGUCUCCAGCAGCUCUCCACCUCACCGGCACCGACGCGGUGGCGGAGCCAUUCCGCGUGUUCGUGGGCUACGACUCCCGCGAGGACAUCGCGUAUCGCGUGUGCCGUCGCUCGCUGCUGCACCGCUCCUCCGUGCCGCUGGAGGUGAUCCCCAUCGUCCAGCAGGAGCUCCGCGAGGCGGGGCUGUACUGGCGGGAGCGCGGGCCGACGGAGAGCACCGAGUUCUCCUUCACCCGCUUCCUCACACCCCACCUGGCCGGCUACCGCGGCUGGGCACUCUUCGUGGACUGCGACUUCCUCUUCCUGGCGGACGUGGCGGAGCUGGCGCGCAUGGCGGACCCUCGCUACGCCGUGCUGUGCGUGCACCACGACUACGCGCCCAAGGAGGCGACCAAGAUGGACGGCGCCGUGCAGACGCUGUACCCGCGCAAGAACUGGUCCUCCAUGGUGCUCUUCAACUGCGGCCACCCCAAGAACCGCGCCGCGCUCACGCCGGAGGCCGUCAGCACGCAGACCGGCGCGCACCUGCACCGCUUCGCGUGGCUCGACGACGCCGACGUCGGCGAGGUGCCAUUCCCGUGGAACUUCCUCGUCGGCCACAACCGCGUCGACCCGGACGAUGUCGCCGGGACCACGCCGCGCGCCAUACACUACACCUCAGGCGGCCCGUGGUUCGAGCGCUACAGGGACUGCGAGUUCGCCGACCUCUGGCUCCAGGAACGCGACGCGUGCGUGUCCGAGGAGAAUGGAGACGGCCAGAUUAAGACUGCGGGGGCAUCAGCAGCGGUGCCACCACCGUCUGCGGUUGCCGUCGACGCAUGA